GAUACAAAUGAAGUUGUAUUAAGGUUUUGGACCAAUAAGAAAUUUAAGUCUCCUCUAAGAAACAUUAAGCUCCGGUAAAAAAAAAUUACCGAGGUAACUGGUUUUAGCCGGUGGAAGACAAGGAUCGAGAAUUGAGAGUGGCGAGAGAAAGAGGGAUGAUAUUCAGGGGGAAAACAGAGAACCGGAAAAAGAGUAAGAAACUGCUAUGGUAGCGAAGUGAACGAGAGAGAGAGAGAGUGGGUUCAUUACUUCCUUUGUUUGUUUCCUCUUGAACGCUCUACUUAAGCUCGAUCACCCAUCACCCACUUCGAUCUCACCCAUUCAACAACUCUCUCACUGAGAAAAUGGAAUUCGAGGAGCAAGAGGAAACUGAGCUGGCGAUGGCCGCAGCGAGUUACGAAGACUCGGCCUUCCACCCGGGCAGAGUGAAAGUGCCGAGUCACGGCGAGGAGGAGCCCGUGACGGCGGUGACCCCGAGCCCACCCAUGGCCCGCAACAGCGGCAAGGGGAGGUACAAGGAGUGCCUCAAGAACCACGCGGUGGGGAUCGGAGGCCACGCGCUCGACGGCUGCGGCGAGUUCAUGGCGGCGGGCUCGGAGGGCACUCUGGACGCUCUCAAAUGCGCCGCCUGCAACUGCCACCGCAACUUCCACCGCAAGGAGGGCGGUGAGGGCCCGUACCUAAUGCCUUUCCAGCAGCGCCGCCACCAGCCGCCGCACUUCUCGGCGUACUACCGUGCGCCGGCGGGGUACCUGCACGUGGCGGGUCAGCAGCAGCGUGGUGGGCCCGCCACGCUGGCGCUCCCGUCCACGUCAGGUGCUGGCGGUGGGGCCCAGAGCCCGAGGGAGGACCAGGAGGAUGUUUCGGACCCAUGUGGCGGUGGUGGGCCCAAGAAGAGGUUCAGGACCAAGUUCACCCAGGAGCAGAAGGACAAGAUGCUGGGCUUCGCUGAGAAAUUGGGCUGGAGGAUUCAGAAGCACGACGAGAACGUCGUUCAGGAGUUCUGCUCCGAAACUGGCGUUCAGCGUCACGUGCUUAAGGUUUGGAUGCAUAACAACAAGCACACCCUUGGUAAGAAGCCCUAGAAAUAAAAACCCAAGCCCAUACCCUUCUCCCUCUCCCCCUCCCCCUCCCCCUCCCUUUAUAUAUCUAUAUAUGUUUCCAUCUUUCUAUCUAGUUACUAUCACAGCCACCAUUCCAAGCUGCAACCUCAACGUCCAGGCCUGGAAAUCGCGUUGGUCUCAACUCUGCUAGUGCUAGUUUACUUUAUCAGGGUCUUAAUUCUUAGGGUUUAUUUUCAUUUUUCUUUGUCAUUUUCAUUUCGUAUAAAAUGGGAGAAGGGAUUCCUAUGUUGUUUUAAUGUUUCAGACUCCAGUGUAAUUCGAACAGCAUUGUUGUUGAUGGACUGGUUUAUUUUA